AGGCAGGCAGCGGCUGGCAGACAAAGGGAGCUGAGAGGCGGCGUGAAUCUUUUCUUCGACACACACACACACACAUACACACUUUGACACACUCCUUCACACACUCCCCCUGCACCCGCUCCCUUCACUGGUGCAAGCAGCCACGCAGAUUACGGAGCUGUUCCCCACCCCCUCUCCACUCAUCCGUCACAAGCAUCACCAGUCAGUCAUCAUGGAGCUUGACUUUGGGCACUUUGACGAGCGAGACAAGGCAUCCCGUACAGCACGGGGCGGCCGCAUGAACGGACUCCCCAGCCCGACCCACAGCGCCCACUGCAGCUUUUACCGUACACGCACCCUGCAAGCCCUGUCCAACGAGAAGAAGGCUAAAAAGGUGCGCUUCUACCGCAAUGGCGACCGCUACUUUAAGGGCAUCGUGUACGCUGUGGCCAAUGACCGGUUUCGCACCUUCGACUCUCUGCUGGCCGACCUGACUCGCUCGCUGUCCGACCACAUCAACCUGCCUCAGGGCGUCCGCUUCAUCUUCUCCAUUGAUGGCACAAACAGGGUCUCAGCCCUUGAUGAACUUGAGGAGGGGGAGAGCUAUGUUUGCGCUUCGGAAAACCUCUUCAAGAAGGUGGACUACACAAAGAACGUCAACCCCAACUGGUCGGUGAACGUGAAGGCCUCUGCCAGCCAAAGGAACAUUCAGUCGUUGAGUGCUAAAGCCGGCAGCGAGUCCCGAGAGUGCAAGGACUUUGUUCGACCCAAACUGGUGACGGUGAUGCGCAGCGGCGUCAAGCCACGCAAGGCUGUGCGCGUCCUGCUCAACAAGAAGACUGCGCACUCCUUCGAACAGGUGCUCACUGACAUCACAGAGGCCAUUAAGCUGGAAAGCGGAGCGGUUAAAAAGAUCUACACGCUGGAUGGGAAGCAGGUUACUUGCCUUCAAGAUUUCUUUGGAGAAGAUGACGUCUUCAUCGCAUGCGGACCUGAGAAAUUCCGCUACGCACAAGAUGACUUCUCCCUGGAUGAGAACGAGUGCAGAGUGAUGAAGACUCCCAACAAAGUACUGCGUGGUUCAAUCAAGAGUCCUUUAUCCUUUCAACGCUGCAAGUCUCCCGCUGAAUCAACCAAUGGGACGGGCUCCAGCAGCCAGAUUUCCACCCCCGUCUCCAAACACUCCCCCACCUCCACUCCAACCAGUCCUGGGCUCAACGACAAACAAAAGGAUCUGUACCUGCCCUUAUCACUGGAUGAUGACGAUUCUGUCGGGGAGUCUAUGUAGACUCUCCUCCUGUCUGGCUUUCCACAUCCUCUAAGAGCACCAUCUUGCGGUUGAGGCAAUGCACUGAUGCCCUUUGCUGCUUGAAAACACAAAACAUUGUAUUUCCCUCCUUUUUUUUUAAUCACCAAAACAUUCAUCACAAAGAUUUCGCACUGUUUAAAAAAACACAAAAAAAUCACUUUAAUUAUUGGACGCACUCUUUUUACACUACACGAUUCCAAGCAGCAAAUGGGUGAUUUUAGGUGACAAAUCUGUAAGCUCUUUUUUACGACUUUGUGUGUCUUGCCCUGGGUGCAUCCUUCCUAACUUUGCUGUAAAUACUGUGUACAGUUCUCAUAUCCUCCUGGUUUUUCGCUCGCCAUUGCUGUGCUUCCAUAACACUGUUGUCUGAGGGGGGACAAAGUGUGGAAAAGGCAACUCCUAGAUCGAAUAUGGUGAUAAAGAUUCUCUUUAUUGGCUCCAAACAGUAAGUAGCAGGCUAUAUAUGGUUAGUGUUGUGCAUGAGACAUCAUUUUAAGGCUUUAGGUGCAUCAGAAAAGCUGAUUUGAAGGACCUAACGGUGCAUAAGAAUGACCAAAGUUCAACUCUUUAUUGGGCCAAUCAGUACACAGCAGUUAUUUUCAAAUUAACAAAUCAUAGAUGAAUACAUGAUAAAGCAAAGCCAAAGUGUUGCAGGAUUUAUAAAAAGGGGAUUUAUUUGAAAAUAUUCCAUAGGAGGGAGGAUUACUUGAUGCAUGUUCUGUUUAUGACUCGCCUGGCUUUUAAUAUUUUAUAAAGUUUAAUUUAUAUUUAAGUGUAUUUUUGAUUUUUUUUCUACUCUUUCCAAUGUUUCGUGUGCAGCUCUUUUUAAAAACAUAUUAAAGUGAAUGUUGGGUUUUCCCCCCAAAAUAUUCUAGUGAAGAGUUUUUUCAGGUUUUGCAGGCCAUCAAGCCUGAGACUUUUCGGAUUGGAUGACACUGAAGCACAAACUGCUGCGGGCACUUUGAAUGUCAGCAUACAGUAGAAUACCACGAUUACAAAGCGUGACCACAAUUUGUGCUGCUUGUGUAGCAGCUUUUCUCUUUUCAAUCGAGCAUCUAUGCAUCUAGAUGGAAGGAUGGUGAAGAAACGUCCUCGCAAUUUGUCGUAAAAAGUGUUGCGUCCUUACUGUCGACAAGCUUCAUCGCCAUCAUGUAACAGCCCGUCUGCUGUCAUUGUAUUGAUACAAAUGUGUUUAUGCCACCAGAGAAGAUUUACAAUUACAAAAAAUGUAUUUGAAAUAGAAAAAUAUUUUCAAACAAGUUUCAGUGCAAAUUAUUUUUGGUCGUUUUUCUGUUUCAGAUAUUUUGUUCCAAAAAUACUUUUGGUGUUACAUUUAUUUUUUGGGUUCAAUCGUCAUUAAAAAAAUAAAGUUUAGGCACCCGCAAAUUUGAUGGUCCUAACCAAAAGGAUUUAGCUGCAGUUUGCUUUUUAAUUUUUUUUUAAAGACCCCCAAAAUUAAAGUUGAGUCCUACCCAAAAAAAGAUUUGCAACUAUAAAAUGAAUUUGAAAUGAAUCAAAAAUAGCCUCAAAGUAUAGCACUUUUUUUUUUUAUUGCAAGUAUUUUUUUCUGGUUGCAAAUCUUUUAUUUAUUUUUUAUUUUUUUAGUUACGACUCAACUUCAGGCAAUGUGACCGAAAAAAAUAAUUUACAACCACAACUUUGUUUGAAAAUAUUUUUUAUAAUUUCAAUUUUUUUUUUUUUAAACAACCCUCCAAAUUGAAAUUGAGUUAUAACCCGAACAAAAAAUUGCAACACACUUUUUUUGUUUUUCAAAUAUAUAUUUGUUAUUACAAAUCCAUUUUUAUUUUUGCAAAUCUUUUUUGAUGGUGUUUCAAAUCCAUGUGGCGUUUGGCUGCACAAAAAUACAGUGCUCUUCCCAGUUUCUCCCCAUAUAUCAUUGCAACCUAUGUCCAAAAGAGGGCGCCGUCGCACAAGUAUUCGCCCACCAAAGUUGUUUAUUCCCUCGCAUUCGCUUUUCCUACCGCUUUGUUUCUUCAGCAUAUACACAACAAACAUGUCUUGUGCAGAUGGCCACCACCAUAUUGAAUGGCUGACAUGGUGCCUUUUUUUUGACUACUGCUUUUGCUUAAAAAAAUCCUAAGGUAUGCUCUUUUUUUUUUUCCUCACCACUUUGUAACCUUGUUUUCUCAAAUAUAACCUUAAAACACGCUUUGUUUUGUAGAGGCACUUCAUCAGUGUACAUAAAUACCUUCCUUGCAGCCCCCUUUUUAUAUUCCACUUAUCCCUUUUUUCCAUUGAAGAAUUUUUACAACAUUGUUUUAUUAGUCUUUUGCAAUGUCACAGUGGCUUGUUUCAGUGCUCCAUUUAAUGUAUUAACUGGUAUCUUUUUUGCAAAUAAAACCGUUUUAGUUCACCUGU